UACGAUUAUUUCACAAUCAGUUUUCUUCUCGAAAAGAAGGCUACAUAUCAAAUAUGGCUUCAUGGAAAGUGGUCCUCGAGCCAGCCGAUGAGGGCAAAAUUGAAUACACCUCAUUCGCCAAUGCCAGAAAGUAUUUCGCUCUCGAUGCUUCUGGAUCUACAGCUGGCAUUUGAUUUAUCUCGGAACACAACUUUGCAGAUGGAAUUCACGAAGUCUCUGCCCGAAAAGACGAAGAUAGAGUCACGAGAUGGGGUUCCAACUGCCAAGACCCAACGAAUUGGGAACGAUGUUUCUGGGCUCCUGAUCAGGGCGGAACACAACCACAAUAUAUAUUGAGGAACCAAAAAUCGAUGCAAGAGAUUCGUGAUUCUGAUAUUUGGUUCCUACUUACAGAUGGAGAGGUCCCUGAUUAUGAGGUGCACACGCUGGCGGGAUUGGGACAAGAACUCGGAGUGUUUGAUUGCGCGACGGUGUUUUUGAUAACAUCACACACAAGGAAUGCACCAAAUGAAGCGAACGUUUCCGUGGGUAUCACGUCUUAUGCAAACUGUUCGAAUGCACUAUGUCUAUUCAAAGAUUAUGAAAGCAAUCGAAUCUAUGUAAUAGCCAGCAAAGGCUCUUUCGCAGCUUUAGAUCAAGCAGAAGAUCACGAUUCGUGGGAGAAAUUAACCAGUUUUCCUAACGAAGCAGCGUUGGUACAGAAAAUAACAGAGAUGGAAGUUCAUGUCCCAACAGCGAAAACAAGAACUUCAACCCCAGCGCAGCUCAAUUUGGGCGAAGAAUGGAACGCGGCUCACAAUAAUUCCCAACCUACCUUGGUCGAUGUCGACGUGCUUCUUCGGGCGGGAGUCAUUUCGGAUGAAGACCGUGACCUACUUUUUGCCGACGAAGCAUUCGAUGCUCUGCUUCUAGCCUGCAAAUCCCGCGGAAAAUUGAAUGAACUUAGAUCAUUCCUUCUCGCCCAAAAGGUGGAACAACUGACGGUUAAACUCGAGGAUGUAUCCGGUGCGGCGGGGUUUAUUCAUCUUCUUGCUGAUACAGAAAUAUCUAGCGAGGCUAGAGUUCUCCUACAAUCCAAAUUAAGAGAUGCCCAUGAGGAGAACCGCAGAGCUUAUACGGCAGCUCAGAAUGAUGUAAAACUACAGGGUAUUAGAGAUCGUAAUCGAAAAAUGGAUGCAGCUUUACGUGCUCUGUCUGAUUCAGAAAAGUCUGGAUUUACAGCAGAAAUCCUCUCGAGAAAAUCAAAUCGAGCACGACGUGCUGAAAACGUUUCCGCAGACUCUGCAGUGGAUGUUUCAGUGCUGGACUUUGAAGCCCCAGGCUUUAGAGGCGAAUGUCAAGUUUGCUGUGGGGACAACGAGAUUCUGUCUAUUGCUCUCAAGGUGCUGAGCCUAGACGCAAUGGCGGCUAAUACCGAUAAUUUUGCUCUUGACUUCCCGUUGGCAGCCGGAAGAUUUGAAGCCAACAUGAAUAUACUGUCUAGUCAGUGUAUUUGUUUCCAAUGUGCGUUGUUUGGAAGACCUGGUCAUUCUAUCUACGGAGAAGAAGUCUCGGCAGUCAUCCCAACUCUGGAGUACACUGGAAGUAACAAAUCAUACAUUAACCAGCAGUUGUACAGAGCGCUUAAUGCAGGGUUAAAAACCGGCGUUCCGGCUAUGGGGCAACUGUUUGCGACGAUUUUGGAUCGUACGUUGAGGGUCAAAAAAUGGGCCGGUGCCGGCUUUGAGAAUGAAAAAGGCAGUAUGGAUGCAGAGGUUUUGCAGAGAAGGGAUGCAAUGACUUGGCUCCUGAAUAAUAUAAUUUUACAUCUCCGAGUGAGGGAAACAUUCAACGAACUGGGCCAAUGGACCACUUACCCUGUGGCUCUUACUUGGGCUGCGCAAGACUUUCGAAACCAAGGCUUGACGUCUUGGUGUAUCAAUUACCCUGUCGCAGGUUUUAUGCAACUGCUACGAUUCGGAAAAACGUUGGAUGUAUUCUCCGAUGAGAUCAUUACAGAUAUGAUGAAUACCAAAUUCCUGCAUUCAUUUGUCUCAACCUUCCUUGCACGGCUCUAUAAAAACAUGGGUAAGCCCCGCGACUGGACAAAACCUCUUUUGGAAAUUCUUUACGUGGAAUUCAAUGACGAUCUAAUUCCAAAAGAUAUGGGAGGUGAUGCAUCAAUAUUAAGAUCAGUAUCAACAUUCUGGAGUAUAUUGAUGAAGUUCAUGCCUGCAGAAGAUUUUCUCAAUGGCUGGACAGAGGAAGAAUCAAGAAGGAUGAUGUCUCGAAUACAGAUUCUCGCUUUCUGGCUAGUGUUCUACCAAUUCGCACAUAACUCUGCCAAGACCUACUUCGCACAAUUGCGCUCCAAGGAACCAUUAGCAGUAGCUUUGCUAGACAUAAAGGGUGAGGUUCCUGAAAAUGCAGUUAUUGAGAUACUGCUAAGUAUAUUCAUCGAAUCUAAGCCAGACUUCAAGAAUAAAGAUGCGUAUGCUAGCCACAAAGGUGCUGUGGUCCCUUUUGAGAAUCCCUUUGGCGCAUCAGUACUUCACUGCGGAGCUCCAAAUUGCGGAAUUUCUUUCCUACCAGAUGACGUCUCCUUGGAUCAAAUAGCAAGCAGGAAGAUAGAAUGGACGCCACGACUGUUGGACCAAAUAAGGAAGAAGAGACGAGAUCACUUAAUCGAUAUUUUCGGCAUUCUCGGAAAACCAGAGAUCAAUGAAGAAGCAAGUGAAACAGGAUUACCAGGCGUAACAAAAACUCCAUCAAGACCAAGUGAGGUCCAUACAUGUAUGCAUAUAGGUAUCGUCAAAACAUGGGCUGCACUGACCCGAAAGGAGAAGCGGGAUCUGACAGAUGCUCUUCAAUCUUCGUGGGCGGGUGAUUGUGAUAAAGAGGACGAAAGAGUGAUCGAGGAGUUCGUAAUCAAAGCGAGGAAAUGUAUUUGUGGGGUUGGGAGGGGCAAUGUUUACUCUGCGACAAUGGAGAGAGAUAUUAGGGCUGUGUUGCCCAGUUUCCUGGAGGUCUUGAAGGUGGGGUUGGCGCUGGGGAAAUAUGAGGGGAUGUGUGAGGAUGUGAGUUUGUAUGAGUUUGAUUUUGGGAAGAACAGGGUAGCGGAAAAAAUUUGGUGGGAGGUGGAAUCUUUGAAGAUGAGGGGGCUUGUUUGAGGGACGCCAGUGAAGGGUUUCAAGUGUCGGCGGAAAAUCGAGGGCUUUACGCCCGAGGAAGAGUUAACA